AUUGGCUUGAAUAAGGACCCACUGUACUUUGUUGCUAUUUAUUGUUUCUAUGCACACUACCACACUAACUUCACAACUGACUAACACUAUUCACAAGGUAUCUCCAGCCACAAAACACUCCCCAUUUUUCUCUUUCAUCUCUCUCUCUCUCUCUACAUCCAAAUAUCGUGUUUGAUUUUGAUUUUGAUUUUUUUAUAUAUAUUUUCAUGGAGAUGGUGUAGUGCGUUUUUUCUCUGUAUUUUCUGAGAUUUUUUGGGAGUUUUUUCGGUGAUUUUUUGAUAUUGAUAGUAUAUAAAUUGUUGCAUGGUCGGUGGAGAUGGCGUCGGCAUGCGUAAACAACAUCGGAAUCUCGCCGGAAAGUUUUCUCGACUGUACUCCGGUGAAAUGUCCGUCGUACGGGUGGCUGAGUCCGAGAAUUUCAUUCAGCCGCGAGUUGCCGGACGAGGAGGCGGCGUCGAAUAUUAAGCCGUCGGCGAAGAAUCAAGCCAGAUCGGACAAUGCGGAAUCCGAGAAGCCGAAAGGUUCAGAUCCAGUAAUCUCCGGCAAAGAUUUCGUCGAUUUCGAGUUCCACCUCGAAGAUCCGGUGAAAAUGCUCGCCGCCGAUGAGCUAUUCUCCGACGGAAAGCUCGUGCCGCUACACCUCUCCACGAUCCGGCAGUCGAUGACGUCAGCUCCGGAGUCGUCCGACGUCAGAUCGGCCGACGACUCGCCGUAUUUCCGCCAGAGGAAGCAGUUCUCCUCCACGGACACGUACUUGUUCUCACCCAAGGCGCCGACGUGCUCGAGCCGGUGGAAGGGGCUUCUCGGCUUGAAGAAGCUGUACGGCGGCGCGAAGCAAGACGAGGCGGACAAAACGGCGUCGUCUUCAUCAUCAUCAUCUCAUCACAACAGCAGCCACAACAAAACCGCCGCCGCCAGAAGCCUGAAGCACCUCCUCCACCGCGGAUCUAAAUCAGCAUUAAAUGCAUCGGUCGAUUCAUCUCUAAAUCUCCCAUUGCUCAAGGAACCAACCGACAACGAGUCGUUGUCGGUUUCCUCCCGUCUCUCUCUCUCCUCCUCCUCCUCGGGGCACGAGUACGACGAACUCCCCCGCCUCUCACUCGAUUCCGAUAAGCCAACCAGUACCAAUAUUCCUCGCCUCCAAAUCGCCAGCAACCUAUCCAAAGUCCGAGUCGCCAAGCACAGGGCGGCGCCGCCGUCGUCGGAGAAUCCGACGGCGGCGUCCACUAGAGUCGGCCGGAGUCCGAUGCGGAGAGCUCCGGAAUCUGCGGUUCCGGCGCGUGACGUGUCAGUCGAUAGUCCGCGGAUGAACUCGUCGGGGAAAGUGGUGUUUCACAGCCUGGAGAGAAGUUCGAGCAGCCCUAGCACCUUCAAUGGUGGGCCCAGGCAUAAGCAUGGCGGAGUGGAGAGAUCGUACUCGGCGAAUGUACGCAUCUCUACGGUUCUCAACGUUCCGGUUUGUUCAAUUCGAGGCUCGUCAAAAUCUGGUGCGUUCGGUUUCCCUCUCUUUUCUUCCUCUUCGCAACAGAAGAAAGACAUUAAUCCAAACAGAUCACGUCAACACCAUCAAAUUAGCAAGAACCGUACAGAUCGAACUUGAGAGAGAUUUAAAUUUUAAUUAGCAUGGAUUUGGUGGAGUUGAAAACCCUAAUUAAAUGCCUCAAUUAUUUUAAUUACAAAGAGGUGUCAAAGGGUUUUUGCCUAUCUGUUUUUUGCUAUGAGUAUUCAAACAAGUGUGUACUUUUUUACAUUGAUGAUGGGGUUGUGGAUUUUAGUGAGAGCAUGUGACCAUGUUUUCUUUUAGUUGCCCACUGUGCUAUUGGCUUUCUUGCACUUACUUUUAUUAUGCUUCAGUAUAGCUUUUGUCGGGUCAUACCAAUCACAUGCAUUUUGUAUUAUUAAUUUUACCAUA